AGAAGAAUGACAAAUAUUUUACGACAGGACGUAUUCACCGGUUGUCAGAGCAACACUACCGCCGCUGUUGAGUAACAUUAGCAAGUAUAGCCAUUUAUAUCAAUGGAACGAUGUAUCCGAGGGAAUUGCUGCAACUACUCAGUUUGUUACUUUGGUAUAUAUCUUUGUGCAACGAGCUAUAACAUGUUGACUUGCAUCAGUCGUUUCAGAGCGCACCACUACCAUUGUGGUGAAUAGGAAGACGUUUGAGAAAGUCAUGCAGCAUCGAAUCGAUUGCUGAGAAUUCAGUGUUCACGACAUCUUUCAAGAAAACUCAAUGUCCAUUUUCUCAACGAACGAGCCCUGUUGCCUUUUGGAUGCAUGUAGCAACAUACACCAAACAGGCCUAAUCAGAGACCUACAUUCCAUGCCUGUGGUCCCAUGCUAAGCGCUAAAAGCCAGCCAAUGAUGCUAACCUUCACCACCCCUGAAGCAGAGGAAGAGGGCUGUUGCUGGGACUCCCCGCAGAAACCUAGACCUCAAUUCACCCACUCAUGCCUGUGAUCCCUAUCCCUCGGCGAGUGCGCAGCUUCCAUGGCCCCCACACCACCUGCAUGCACUCAGCCUGCGGGCCGGCGCGCACCACCCAGCUUGUGCGCAGCAAGUACAACAACUUUGACCUGUACCUGCGCUCGCGCUGCAUGUACGGCUUCCUGCGCUUCCUGCUCUACUUCGGCUGCAGCCUUCUGACCUCCCUCCUCUGGGUGUCGCUGUCUGCUCUCUUCUGCCUGCAGUACGUGAGCGCCCGCGUUUUCCUGCGGCUGCAGUACAAGCUGUCCGUGAUCCUGCUGUUGCUAGGACACCGGCGCUUUGACUUUGGGGUGCUCAACAACCUGUUCAUCUACAGUAUGCAGGUCACAAUGUUCCUGGUGGGAGGCCUGGGCUGGUGCUUCUUGGUGUUUGUUGACAUGUAGCGUCUGGUGACA